AGAACGUUGUAUUCGAUUUACAUGAUUCGUUUCAAGAGAUUCGAACACAGAACAUUUCGAGAAUGUCGUUCCCUCGAUUUAGCCACGUGACCAUGCAUGCGAUGGUGUCGAAGAAAUUUCUCGUAAAUCGUGCACGACGAUCGGGCCAAUAAUUUGGGUCGAGAGGGUAGAAACGGAAGGUAGGUAAACAAAGGUCCGAAUGCAACGGCGAUCGUCGCGGUGCGACGAGGAGGAGAAGAGGAGGGGAUCCGCGGCGGGCGAAGGGGUGGGACGCCGGCGGAGGAGUGGGACGGCGGAGCGAGGCAGCGGCGUGCGUGUAUCCCCCGUGCCGGCUGAUAAGGAAAACGCGUAGGAAAAGGAAGGAAGAGGCGCAUGCGCUUCUCGCGACAGAGACGAGCCGAGAGAAUUGGCGCACACGAACGCGGACGCGGCGCCAUUGUGUGCGUGCACAUCGAGCUACGACGAUCCACGUCGACGGAAUCGAGUUCACCGCGCGCAAUAGUUUUCCCUAGCGCUAUUCGCGGUGCCCCCACCAAAGUCCGCGAGCACAGGGGCCACCGAGACUCCCCCGUCCAGCCAACAGGCCGUAGGUGCCCCCUUCGAGAAGUUUAACGUUUCUCCUUGUCCCUCCAACGGACACGUUUCUUUGUUCCCGUUUCGUUCUUACGCAAAUUGGAACAUGCCCGGUCCCGAUUUCGAGCCGACGAUCCGAUUAAAUCGGACGGUAUCUGACUCCUCUGUACCUCCGUCCGAAUCUGUCUCGACCAUCCACGGACUCGCGUUCCCGCGUCUCUCUCGCGCCCGUACGACUCCUCUCUCUCUAUCGACCGUGCACUCUUUCUCUCUCUCUCUUUGUCGGUUCCACUCUGCUCGGUGGUUCUCCUCUAUGUACAUAAUACACACCAGCCUCGCUUCCAAGCAUAGAGCAGUGGCCAACGCGUGCUCUCCUCUAGCCGGAAUUUGCCAAACUUUUUGCCUCGUUUUCACCAUAUAUCGCGGCUCGACGGGAUCGUGUGCAACGUCGCGCGGGAACGACGCUUUGUUCGCGCGUACCUUCGAGCAGGAAACGUCGGUUACCGUGUUCGGGGCAGGAUAUUGUUCAGUGUCGAACCGGGGGGGUAACCGCGGCGGAAACGAAGAGUUCAACGGAUCCACGGGUCAUUCAGUUCGCGAUCAGGAGGAAGGAUCGACGGGGAACGGAGGAACGGGGAACGGAGAAUGAAGAGGAGGAGGAGCAACGACGAGGACCACGGCGAAACGAUGAAACGACGGCAACGCGACUACGCGUUGAUCGUGUACGUGGACGGAACGACGGAGUACGGGACCGAGGACAGGGGCACGGAGGUCGUCGCGGAGACGUUCGAAGGGAACGAGGACGGGGACGCGAUGACGAACGCGGGCACGGAGGAGCUUCUUCGACAGCAACAGCUGUUCGAACGGCAGCAACAACGGCGCCAGACCGGGUACGAGAAGCGUGGAAGCGAGGAGGGCGGGGACGGCGUGGGCGUGCUGGAGGCGGGACAGCAGGAAAUUGAAAAUGGCGCGGCGGCGUCGACGGGCAGCGCCGACGCGGCUGCUAUUGCCGUUUCUGCCGAUCACGGAAACGAUAUCAGCGCCACCUACGAUCUGCAUCCACUCGACUACGGCGAGCCCGAUAGCCCGGCGCUGCGCGAAAGGGGUUAUCUCGAACAGGAUUCGCGCCGUUACGGGGGCGGCGACCCGACGACGGACGAGCAACAGCGGCAACAACAACAAGAGCAGCAGCAGCAGCAGCAGCAGCAACAGGUUUCCCAUCAACCCCACCACCGUCACCACCAACAGCAGCAGCCACAAUUCGUUACGUCGAGGGCGAGAGAGCCGCCGGUCCCCGAUGGUGGGGAUAACCGGCAGCCGAGCGAGACCUCCGCGUCGCCGGAGGGAAAUCGGCUCGGCAGUCACGCGCCUCGCUCCACGAUGCAUCGUUACUGUACUGAAACGCUCUCGACGACCGCGACCGAUCACCACCAUCCCCACCAUCACCACCACCACCACCACCAUCAACGCCACCACCAUCAGCAGCAGCAGCAGCAGCACCACCACCACCACCAUCAACAACAGCAGCACCAUUUGCAGUCGGACGCGUCCCAACACGCCGCGCUUGCCUCGUCGGGUCAUCGCCGCUUGGACGACCCAGAGACGCAGCAGCAGCAGCAGUCGCAGUCGUUGUCCCAAACUCAGCAGCAGUCGGCGCAACAACAGCACCAGGAGGAUCACGAGGACGUGGACAGGGUGAGCGGUAUCGCGGCAGCCAUGAGAGGCGCAAGGGGCGACUUCACUCUCGGCGUUCUGUUCCCGAAUCUCGGCAACACCGGGGCGAACAGCAUCGCGAACGACGUGGGCACGGCCGAUCAUCAUCACCAUCAUCACCAGCAGCAUCAACACCAUCAUCAUCACUUGGACGAGGUGCUGCCCGACGACGCGUACCUUCAGCAUCAGAUACGCGGGGGCGGUGGCAGCGGUGGUGGUGCAGGCAGCGGAAGCGGCGGCGGCGGAGACGGUAGCGGCGCCGGCGGCGGAUCGCCCACUCUGCGCACCGGCAGCUCGCCGAGCUCCAGUCGCAGCCCGCGCGACGAUCAAGGACUCUCGUCGCCGCAUCGACAGGGACAGCCUGACGGCGGCUACAGUCCGAACGAGCAGGGCAGACAGUCCUACGCUCACCUGACCGCCAUGCAACCGCCCGCCUCGGUCCAGGCGAAUCAUCUGGCGCAGGACGCCGAUCGCGUAUCCGAUCAGCUCUACAUGGAGUCGAUCUACGCUCACCACGCGGCCGGUACGCCCCAUCAUCACCAAGAACACGAUCAGGCGAACUCGACGCCUCACUCGCCCAGCGGACCGUUACCCAGUCCGUUGUAUCGCACCAUAAGUGGAGUUGGCACCAUGACGACUGCCACCACAGCGGGGGCUGGCGGAGGCACUUACGCUCUUCCGUACAUGACGGGCAGCCCCACGGAACUGCCAACCUCCCCUCAGCAGCUCUGGAACGCUCAAGGUCUGAACACAGGUCUCUCCGGGAUCUCCGAGGACUACGGUGGCAGCGACAAGACGUCAGGCACGGUGACUCAUCAGGCCCUGCCUGGGUUUUCGCAACCGUUCUGCGGCAGACCGAGCUUCCGCGGCUACAGCCCGUCCUACCCCACGCAACAGACGAACAACGGGGGCGGGGCAGCGGUGAACGCCACCGCCUGGACCUACGUCCCGUCCUCGGACGACACCCUGGGGACGCAGUACGCGACGCCCUCCAGACGCCAAACAGUCAACCCGCCGCCGACCCACACGCAGCACCAGCUCACCACCACCACCACUCUUAGCGGCAUGCACAACAUCGAGGCGGAAUACUUUACGGAGGGCCGCGAGUGCGUGAACUGCGGCGCAAUUUCCACCCCGUUGUGGCGACGGGACGGUACCGGCCAUUACCUGUGCAACGCAUGCGGUCUCUACCACAAGAUGAACGGAAUGAACCGACCCUUGGUCAAGCAGCCACGUCGACUGUCGGCGUCGAGGCGAGUCGGCACCUCGUGCAGUAAUUGUCAGACGACGAUGACGUCGUUGUGGCGUCGGAACGCCAUGGGCGAGCCGGUUUGCAACGCCUGCGGUCUUUAUUAUAAAUUGCACGGCGUGGUUAGGCCGCCCACCAUGAAGAAGGACAGCAUCCAGACGAGAAAGAGGAAGCCCAAGGGCGGCAUGAAGACCACCGACACGUCGAUCCCCGGAAACGGUUCCGCUUGCUCGAACACCAACAACAACAACAAUAACAGUAACACCAACAACAACAACAUCAGCUUGAAAUUGGAACCGGAUACCUACGGGGAGCUGAGGAUGGGCCACGCCGGAGUAGCAAAAAUGACCUACAGCAACGCGCUGUACGGUUCGUUUCAGCCCUCGAAUCGGAUAGUCUCGUACCAGUCGAACCCUGGGAUCUACUACGAGUCGAUCGCGUCCCAGCAGCAACAACAGCAGCAACAGCAACAGCAACACCACCAGCAUCAGCAUCAGCAGCUCCUCGAGACCCAUUCGCCGAAAGUCGAGUGCCCGUCGCCACCCUGCGCGAAUCGAUCGCCGGUGAUGAUCUCAGCGAGCCACUCGCCUGAUCAUCACCAGCUGGCCGCGCCCCACAUCGUCACCCUGGGCAAUUCCUCGCCGAGCACGGGCGCCCCCAAGAUCAUUCUCGACAACGGUCACCUGGACAGACCCACGGUAGUCUCGAUAUCCUCUUAAAUCGCGAGGAUCCUGACACGGAGAUGACGAUGACAAGAUGAAAGACCAUAGGCGCGCACGUCCGCCUCGCAGCUGCCCCUCGCGUAUCGACGACGGUAAACUUUACGAAUCUUUUUUCCCGGGUCUUUUUUUUCUUGUUCGCUCCGUAGUUUCCCGUCGUUGCGACAGCUCGAGGACCGGCGAAACGACCUCGCGAAAGAGAGGCUUUCUCGCCUCGAAUCCUGGACGGAAACGGAGCACGGAACGUCGUCGUCGAGGGGUCCGUAAACCCACGAACCAAAGAAUAAACCACGGAUAGGGGAGUGUGGAGGGUAAACAGAACGCUGGACGAAAAACUUGUGCGAGAGAUUUAUUGUCGAACCACUGGCGGAACUCUGACUUUGUAAAUAACAAUGGCGUCCCGAAUCCGAGAUCCAGAAUCCUGGGUCCGGGGUCCGGAGUUCGUAGUCUUUCCUCCUUUAUUCCGGGUUGUUUUCGUCGUCCAAAGUCUCUGCUCCUGGAACGGUAGAAACUGGAUCGAUUAGAAACUGUGUGGAUGGACGACGGACCGGAAACAGUGUGGACGUUGAGAGAAAGGAGCGCGUGGGAGGAGAAAGAACGUCGGGCAUCGAUCGUUUCGUCCUUGUUUCUCGUGGAAACGCGAUGGGCCUGAGACUGUAUAAGGCCCAAGAAACUUAUGGUGAUUUAAAUUUCGAAGGGUUUGUUAGCGUUCAAUGGAGAAUUUUGCUUUUGAGAGUCGUUGACGGGGCUGCUUUGGAGAUACUUUUGCAUGACUCCUUCAUUUUGAAAGUAGUGACUAAAUGUCUUCUGCAAAUGAAAAUAUAGCUUCUCGAUUGGGCAGAGCUAGAUUGACCUUAGAAUAACCUUGUACAAUUGUCGCGUUAUUAUGCAGAUGCCCUGAGCUUGGCAGCCCUGCUCCAGUGGGCAGAAAUGGACAAAACAUUGCUCCGAUAUAGUUUUUAAUUUUCGAUUCCAACGAGAAACGAACGCCAUUGUUCGUUGAUCGUCGGUUUUAUCUAGAUAAGAAUUUCACCCAUCUCUGAUAGCAGCCCCCAUACCAGACCCUCGCUCUUCGAACAGUUUGGUAAAUUUUAUCCACGAUACCUGCAACCAAUAAAAAUUUUACACUCGUUCGUACGCUAAAUGUAAAUUAGAUUUUUCCCCCCAAAAUGACGUCCACGAAUGAUUUUAAAAUUUUCGUUCGCUGUUCGUGGAUAGAAUCUGCCCAACUCUGCAGAUGUAUAAAGAAUGUUAACUAUUAGUAAAAAUACGAAUUACGUUCAACGAAACACGAGAGCCAACGAAACAAAAUGGCUUGGAACUUUGGAAAGCAUUUUGUUUCAUGGGGCAGUGAAUAAAGAGCAGAGAUGAACAAUUCUAUUGUUUAUCCUUGGAACAAAAUUUAAAAGAUUCCAAUCAUGGAAUCAAAAUUUUAUUUUUUUAAAACUCGAUGAGCAUUUUAUUCGAAUAAAUUUUGCCCAUCUCUGCUCGAAUAGUGAAACUCUCGAGCGAAUACAAGAUGGUGGACAUCGAGAAUCCACCAGGCGAGAGUUCGAUCAACUUUCAGCGAACAGCCUGAUAAUAAAUUCACGGUCGAAGGAAGAAAACCAUCGCGCUGGAUGGACGGAAACACGGUCGAAGCGACGACGCGUCGUUCCUUGUACAUAGACAAUAGUGUGCUAAAUAUUAAACCCGUAAACGUUAAGCGUAUCUAGGUGUUUAAGUCGGAGAUAUUUUUGAAAAGGAUAAUAAUCUUUUCUGAGCGUUGUUCGAUCCGGUUGCUGCGCCCGAACGCGCCAAGAUCGAGAGAGCAGUUUUUAGGUUAGCGAUCGAUGGACGCGAUGGCUGCGCGCGCAACGCCCGGUAACGCGCGUGUUUUCGAAGUGUGCUGUAUCGAAUCGGAUAUUUUUAAAUAAAAAGGGAUAUUUAAAUUGGAAUUGUCGUGGACCAGCGACCUUUUUCGGGUGACGUUUUCAGGGGGAACGCGUUCCACGUGGCCAGGGGAACCGGGACGAGGGGAACGG